UAUAAACAUGGCAACAACUUUACUGUCUAUGGUGACAGGAAUAACGUCAUAGCGACGUACCAUCAAUUUCAAAACGUUAUUUUGAAAUUCAAAGAAUAAAAUUACUUAAUUACAAACGACAUCUGCCCUGAUUAUAAAUGAUAAAUGUUACUAAUUGCUAAAUGUAUGCGUUUGCAUGCGAACAGAAAGGUGCGUUGCGAGAAAUCGCAGUUUCGUAGACUAAAGUUUCGCGAUGGAUUCGUUAUGGCGUGUGUAUUUGAUAGUAAGCAUUUUUAUCGUGUGUGAGUGUAAGUACGGGUACGUGCUGUGGUCGGGGAACAAGGUGACUGUGAAGACGACGGACUACUUCGCCGAUAUACCGGACUCACACGUCGCGCGUGCCACUUAUAGCAACGAAAUCAAUUCUACCGGCUGGGCUUUCCUGGAGCUUCAUACUAGGGCAGAAUGCAAGGACGAGAAGCAGGCGUAUGCGGCCGGCUACCUAGAGGGCUUCCUCACCAGGGACCUCAUAUGGUACCACUGGCAGAAUAUGCUCAAAGGAUACUGCUACAACAAGACGGAUGUGUGCGGCCUCAUCGAGGAGUUUGUGGACAAGAAUGAGGAAUACAUGUCAGGGAUGGUGGAGAAGAAUUGCAACGACUCUUAUUGGUACCAUAUGAAGUUAUACUACAUCCAGCUGGAAGGUUUAGCAGUGGGAUACAAUGCAGCCACUAAGGAUCCUUACCAGUGGCUCACUACAAGAGAUAUUAUCUGGAUCAACAUGCUAGGGGAUCUUGACGAGCUGGCCUUUGCGCUGUCGAUGCCGAAGUCGAGCCCUGAUGGGAAACUCUUCGACGACGAGCGAUGCACCGGCCUCGUCAAGCUUCUGCCGGAUCUCACCAACUUGUAUUUCUCACAUGUCACUUGGAACAGUUACCAAUCAAUGCUACGGUUCCACAAGAUGUAUGUGAUGCGCUUGCACAUGUCCCCGGGCAGCAAGCAACUCAUACCCGGAUUCAAGAUGGCGCUCACCUCUUACCCGGCUUUCGUUCAGUCCACAGAUGACUUCUACAUCAUAUCGUCGGGGCUGGCCACCGGGGAGACCACCAUCGGCAACAGCAACCGCUCUCUCUUCGAGCUCGUCAAGCCUGUGGGAACUAUUCUGGAAUACGCUCGUGCGAUGAUAGCCAACCGAUUGGCGAAAACUGGCAAACAGUGGAUGGAAAUAUUUAGGAGACACAACAGUGGCACAUACAACAACCAGUGGUUCAUAGUGGACUACAAGAGGUUCAAGCCGCGCACGAACCACCAGGAGGGCUUCGUGAAGCCGGGGCUGCUGUGGGUUGUGGAACAACUGCCCGGCAUCAUCGAGGCAGCUGAUCUGACGGCUCAGCUGAAGCGCACAUCAUACUUCCCGUCAUACAACAUCCCCUACUUCCCGCGGAUCUUCAACCUGAGUGGCGGGCAUGUGCGUAUUGCCACCUACGGGGACUGGUUCGGCUAUCACACCAAUCCUAGGGCUAAGAUGCUGAAGGCUAAACAGGUUGGUAUCUGCAAUCUACGCGACAUGUACAACACGAUGCGGUACAACGACUUCAAGCACGACCCCCUCGCGCGCUGCGAGCAGUGCGAUCCUCCCUACAGCGCCUGCAACGCCAUCUCCGCCAGGAAUGACCUCAACCUUGCUAAUGGAACGUAUCCAUUCCGCGCGCUGGGCCACCGCAGCCACGGCGCAACGGACGUGAAGAUCACGAGCGCGUACCUGCGGAACAGCUACCGGUUCCUCGCCAUCAGCAGCCCCACGCACAACAUCUCCCGGGGCAUACCGCCUUUUGUGUGGAGUAAAUUCGACUUAGGCGCUCACGUGUCCCACGUGGGGCAGCCCGACGAGUGGCUGUUCCCGCCCAUCCUACACGACUGGGAGUGGGAGUAGCACUCCCAACCUUAGGUCUACGCGAUAAGGAUCACUUUACUUUGCACGUAUACCUAGACAUAAGACCAUUGUAGUCUUAGUUAUACCUAUGAGAAGUUUGUGAAACAAUUUCUGAUAGUCAGUGUUGCCAGCCCACUGUUAAAAGGGCUUUCCGCUAGGUGCGACCUGUCAUUGAGGUGACAAUCUUGCAAAAAAAUAUUUAGAACUAUACCCAAGUCAAAAAUCAUAAGAUUUUUGCGGCUUAUGAUUUUUUGACUAUCCCAUUUUUCUUGUAGUUUUUUUUCCGAUAGUCUUGCGAGGGCCUCUAGACUUAUGACGCCCCCUAAAGUGCGAGGUCUAGCAUUGCUUACGUACGGUUCCACUGGCUACCUAAUAAGUAUAAAGAUAAACUUUUAUGCUAUGUUUAGUUAGUGCCUAGCUACUAAUUAUUAUUAAACUGUGAUAAUAAUGUAUGAAUUGGCAGAUCAAUUUUUGCCUAU